AUGGCAUCAUCAGCGGCACUCAUCGCUCCCUCCCAGGCGAUGGUGCCGCCGCGCGGCCCUCCCUACCGGCCCUCAGUCACCACUCACGCCGCCCCUGCCCUCACAGAGCCGCCUGCUCUGCUGAGGGACAGGGAGGGCAGCGAUCACGGCUUCUUCGGCCGUCGGCUGGGCGAGGGCGCACACGCCCCACUGUCCCCUCUGCUGAAGGCGUACCGGAGCCCCGAGCUCCUCGAGGACAGGCCAAUGGAGCCGGGCGCGCUGACCGCCCUGACACCUGAGGCCCUCGGGAGGCUCCAGGUGCGCAACGUGCACCUCUGGGAGAAGGUGCUCGCCGCCAGGGACGCGGUGAGGGACGGGACGAGGGUGCAGCUAACGGCCGACCUCUACGGCGUCCGGCAUCUCGACAACGCCUCCAAGGCCGUUAUCAUCGAUGCCGGAUUCCGCAAAGUAUACAAGCCAAAAUGGAGGGACGCAAACAUCCGCCACACACUGACCACAGGAGAAUUCAUUUGCACAUGAUUGUGUGUUUGUGUGUUGUUUGGGUGUCGUAUUUGUAUCGUUUAGAGGGCCUGCAAAUCGGUGCCUGCAAAAAGCAGACGCCCUCGUCGAGACCACAAACAAGUGGCUCAAUAGAGGAGAGGAUGAGGGCGCCAGUCGGUUUUCUUCCGGCGCGGUGAGAACUUUCAUUUAUGUGACAAACAAGGGCUGACAUGUUUUGCUGUACUCAGCCAGAAGAUAACGAGAGAAGGAGAUUUCAUGCAUGACCGACUCACAAGAAUAACAACCGCUGAGUAAGUCAAAAAACACCUCCCCGUUCUGUUUGCAAGCAACGAGACGGCUUGUCUUUCAGAGAAUGGGGAAUUUUCGAGGACCUCACCACAGUCGUCUGCCGUGGUCACGGCCAGUGGCUCAUCUACGAGCCGGUCACGCUCGACGCCAAAAAACGGCGAGGCCUGCCCAUUCUAUGCCCGGACGACCAAUGGCUGGUGGGGCCCUGGCUGGCAGAACGCUACUCGGCUGUGGUGGGGAUCCACAGCGGCCGGAAUGUGGGAGACAUCAUCUUCAAGACGAAGAUCGACGCCGCUCGUAUCUCCUGCAUCCAGGCCAUGCGUCAAACAUUUGGGCAAAUCGUGAGUCAUUGACAGACCGACAACCUUUGGCUGGCUUUAUUUUGCCCCCUACUUCUUGUCUCGCCACAGAUGAACUCAAAUCCACUCUCGCCACAAAGCUGUGUCCUGCAGGCUCCCCUGGAGCGGUGAGCGUGUGUGUGGAAGAAAAGACGUUGUUGCUUCGCUUGGGUAAAGAACUGGCUUGUGUGUGUGGCUGCAGAUUUGUUUGUGAAACGAGGUACUCUUUCAUCAGCGCAGACGAGGGCAAAUACUACAAUACAACACAGGCCCAAUGGGACUACAUAGAUGACGCGCUGAAGAAGCUGGAAAACGACAGAGAAGCAGAGGAGGCCUCCUGCCCUUAAGGAGGCUGCCAGGGUGAGUACAACACAGAGUCUACACUAGCGCGUGAUCGGCUCCGCAUCUGUCUGUUGCAGAUCUACCGACAGCUCUUGCAGCGGUGUGUGCAUCUCAAACUCAUCCACCAAGAGUAAGACACGCAAGCAUUGAAUGUCGGGAGGUCAUACGACGUGUGUGUGCGUGUGUGUGUGUGUGCGCGUGUGUGUGU